AUGUGCCGAGCAAAUUGUGUCCGUACUCGUUGCGUCGUCUGCCGGUGGACGAUUAACAGAACCUACGAUGUAAUGGUGCAUUGCGAGGUAUUCUGGCAAACAGAACGGUGUCCGGGAGCUGAAUAUCCCACUACUGUUAGGGAUGCUAGCGCCGUAUUCUGCGGCAAGUGCAAUCCACCACCGUGGCAAAGGGACGUCGAAAUGCAGCCUCAAGAGGACGUCGACAUGCAAACGCAAGAGGAUGUCGAUAUGCAGCUGGAGGGUGAAGCACGCAGCUCUAACAAGGCGUUUAGUGUGGAACGGGCAGAGCCAGGCAACCGUUUCAAGGACCUGAUAGACGAGGUGACCAGACGUUCAACUGCAGAGGAUGAACAGAAUGAUAGGAACGGGAGCGAUGAGUUGUCUAGGACUACACUUUCUCCCGAGUUCUAUUAUACUACUCGGGCCGGCCGCCGAAUCCCUGCUCCAAGGGGCACGCCGCCCGUCUCGCCUACUCCUGCCCGCCGUACUCGCCGCACCCGCCCCGACCACCCGGCUACCUAG